UAUGCACUAUAUCCAAUUUGACCAAAGGAUGCUGUUGUUCAUCUGGACCAUUCAAUGAGACUCAUUUAGGUUGCCUCUUGUUGCUUCUGUGUCCACAAAGAUCCGAAGAAUGGAUUAUGAAAGGGGAGUGGGGCAUCCAAGGAGAAGAUAUGAUGAUGAAGAGGAGGAGGAUCAAAACACCAUCUAUGGUGGGAUCCCUGCACCACAAGGCUACAGGAGAAAGAGACGGCGAAGGAAAUUCUCAGCAAGUCGGGAGAAAUUUAGUGAGGGGGAAUUGUAUCCCAACAGGCAGUACAGAUCUGAUACCGAGGAAGGAGAUGGAAGAGGACAGACUGCUACAGAGAGAGCCUUUACCAUGUCCCCUGCUGCUGAGCGUCUGAGGUACAUUCUGGGAGAAGACGAUGAUGGCCCAACUCCAACGCUUUUCACAGAGAUGGAUACCCUGCAGCAUGAUGGAGUUGAGUUAGAAUGGAAGGAAUCUGCCAGAUGGGUAAAAUUUGAAGAGAAAGUAGAGGAAGGAGGCGAGAGAUGGAGUAAGCCCCAUGUGUCUACAUUAUCUCUGCACAGUCUGUUUGAGCUGCGGACAUGUCUCCAGACAGAGACUGUACUGUUAGAUUUGGAUGGAUAUUCCUUGCCACAGAUCAUAGAUGACAUCAUUGAGAAGCAAAUUGAAGAUGGACUUAUUAAAGCAGAUGUCCGAGAACAGAUAUCCUACAUCCUCCUGAGAAAACAUCGUCACCAAACCAAGAAACCCAUCCAUCGCUCUCUAGUUGACAUUGGGAAAUCAUCGACAACAUCAUCAGCUCGCAGUCCCAACCGAAUCCCUGGCAUUGGGACAAACUUUUACCGCUCUACUGAAGACUUGAGACUGAGGCAGGCUGCCAGUUAUGGAUGGCUACGUCGUGCUCAAAGCAGAAGCAUGAAUGACAUCGCAGAUACUCCCAGCACAGAUCAGCUCAAGAACAAAUUCAAAAAGAAAAUACCUCGUGACUCUGAAGCCUCAAAUAUACUUGUGGGUGAAGUCGACUUUCUGGAUAAGCCAUUUGUAGCCUUUGUCCGUCUCUUGCAAUCAACAAUGUUGGGUGGGCUGACAGAAGUAGCAGUUCCAACAAGGUUUAUUUUUAUUCUUUUGGGUCCUCAAGGGAAAGGUAAAUCUUAUAGCGAGAUAGGAAGAGCCAUGGCAACACUGAUGGUCGAUGAUCUGUUCAGUGAUGUGGCUUAUAAAGCAAGAGACAGAGAUGACUUGAUUGCUGGUAUUGAUGAAUUCCUUGAUGAAGUCAUUGUCCUGCCUCCUGGUGAAUGGGAUCCCAAGAUUAGGAUUGAGCCACCCAAGAAAGUCACACCAGCUGAGAAAAGGAAAUCCGUUUACUCUCUGAAUGAGACUGGGCAGAUGAAUGGUUCAGCAGGUGGUGGAGGAGGAAGUGAUGAUGAAGAAAUGCCAGUACCACAUGAACUUGGAGAAGAGUUGAUGUGGACAGGAAGGUUUUGUGGAGGGCUGAUACUGGAUAUCAAAAGGAAACUUCCCUGGUUGCCCAGUGAUUUCUAUGAAGCAUUCCACAUUCAGUCUAUUUCCACGAUCCUCUUCAUCUACUUGGGCUGCAUUACCAAUGCCAUCACCUUUGGAGGAUUGUUGGGGGAUGCAACAGAUAAUUAUCAGGGUGUAAUUGAAAGUUUUCUAGGCACUGCGUUCACAGGUGCUGUAUUCUGCUUAUUCAGUGGACAGCCUCUCACUAUCCUUAGUAGUACAGGUCCAAUCCUCAUCUUUGAAAAGCUUCUGUUUGACUUCAGCAAAAGUAAUGAUUUGGACUACCUUGAAUUCCGGCUCUGGAUUGGUCUCCAUUCUGCCAUUCAAUGCCUUCUUCUAGUUGCCAUGGAUGCCAGUUUCAUCAUUAAGUACAUCACACGUUUUACAGAGGAAGGCUUCUCCAUGCUUAUCAGCCUCAUCUUUAUCUAUGACGCCAUCAAAAAAAUGAUAGGGGCCUUCAAAUACUACCCCAUCAAUUCUGGCUACAAUCCAGACUAUGUGACCAUGUACAAGUGUGAGUGUGUGGCUCCAGAUUCAGUGAAUUCAACUCUGUUCAAUGCUUCAGAUUCACUGGCUUUGAAUAACACUAACAUUUCUUUGUAUAAUGUUGUCAAUACAACAGCACUGGACUGGAGUCAACUCAGCAAGAAGGAAUGCCUCACAUAUGGGGGGAGCCUGGUUGGAAAGUCCUGCAAGUAUGUUCCAGAUCUAGCCUUAAUGUCUUUUAUCCUCUUUUUUGGGACAUACUCACUGACAGUGACCCUCAAGAAAUUCAAGUUUAGUCGCUACUUUCCAACCAAGAUCCGAAGCCUGAUCACAGACUUUUCUACAGUAAUCUCCAUUCUUGUUUUCUGUGGAAUCGAUGCUGCUGUCGGACUGGAUACACCCAAACUGCAUGUCCCCAAUGAAAUCAAGCUCCGGAAACUUAUCAGUGACUUUUCUAUCUUCACGUCUAUUCUGAUUUUUGUUGGGAUUGAUGUUCUUUUUGGACUGAACACACCAAAACUUCAAGUGCCAACUGAGCUAAAGCCAACCCGUUCAGAUCGAGGCUGGUUUGUUCUUCCCUUUGGUAAAAACCCCUGGUGGAUCUACCUUGCCAGUGCCUUACCUGCUCUCCUAGUAACUAUAUUGAUCUUCAUGGACCAACAAAUCACAGGGGUAAUUGUGAACAGGAAGGAGCACAAAUUGAAGAAAGGAGCUGGUUACCAUUUGGAUCUGUUUUGGGUUGGUCUUUUACUGGCGAUUUGUUCUUUUAUGGGUCUUCCAUGGUAUGUGGCAGCAACAGUUAUAUCUAUCGCUCACAUUGAUGGUUUAAAAAUGGAAACGGAAACCAGCGCACCAGGAGAACAACCACAGUUUCUUGGCGUCAGGGAGCAAAGGCUUACUGGUGUUGUUGUGUUCGUCCUAACAGGAAUAUCUGUAUUUUUGGCUCCAAUUCUGAAGUACAUUCCAAUGGCAGUGCUAUAUGGAGUAUUCCUUUAUAUGGGUGUCUCCUCUUUAAAUGGCAUUCAGUUUUGGGAUCGAUGCAAAUUAUUUCUGAUGCCCUCCAAACACCAGCCAGAUUACACCUAUCUUCGCCACGUGCCCCUUCGCCGAGUCCACUUAUUCACAAUGGUGCAAGUUAUCUGUUUGGCUGUUCUCUGGGUCUUGAAGUCCACUGUGGCAGCAAUCAUUUUUCCUGUCAUGAUCCUUGCACUCAUCCUAGUGAGAAAGUUCCUGGACCUGGUUUUUUCCCAACAUGACCUUGCUUGGUUAGAUGAUAUUUUACCUGAAAAAGACAAAAAGGAAGAAGACAAGAAGAAAAAAAAGUUGAAAACCAAAGACCAAGAUAGGGACAGUAUCAAUGAGGAGAAAGGUCCUCUAGCUGGAGUUGUGCAAGCUGAAAUGUCACCCUGUAACUCCGAUUCACUCGACCGCAGUAUAACUUUACACCUCAAGAUUUCCUGUCCAUCUUCCCCUGCUUUCAGCUGCUCUCGGAAUGCCAUAUGUUCCGUCCCACAGGUUAAGAUAGAAAUGGAAUCCGAGUACGAUGAUACAGACACUGAGAGAGCUCGGAGAGACACAAGCGGUGAAACUACUCUGUAACUUGGUCUGCCAGGUCCUGCCAGUAACACUUUGUUGGCACAUGGACCUCGUGAACUGUUGAUGAGCUAACAGAUGAGGGCCAUGAUUUGUGCAAAUUAACUUGGUGAGAACUGCACUUUGUCCAUACCGGAGUAUCUACCGCAGGUGAAGACUUCUAUGCAUCUACAUUGUCUUUUGCCUAGAAGUGUUGUUUAAAAUAUGUUUUUCAAGGAUAUUGACAUACUUAAUAAAGAUUAGGAACAGAUAGCAUCAGUCACACAAGACUGCAGUGUAUACCAAGAAAUUCCAGGAAUUAGGAAAUUGUUUUGAGGUAAUUUAAUUUUUCAAGCCAGUUCUCCUUUGAGAUUUAACUCUGAUGUUCUGUUGAGAUUGACCAAUUGUUUACGUAAAUGCAUCAUUUACCACCUUCCCACCUGUAAGUUUUUCUCCUUAGGUUCAAUGCUGUUCAGAGCACGUAUUGCUCCAUUUUGAACAGGAUUUCAAUCCUGAUGAGAAUCCUGAAGCUUUUACAAACAAAUUGUUUUAAAUUAUAUUGCACAGUGUAUGAAGCGGAGGGAGCUCAGCUGGUGUAGGUCAAGUAGCUCUUAACCACCUUGUAACUUUUCAAAAGUUCCCAGCUGUAGAUUUUCCAUUUGAUGUUGCUAUAGUUUAUUUCUAUUUAAGUGAUACAAAAGUGGGAAUUCCUGAUAAAACUUAAUGAUUUCUCAUGGCAAGUUAAGAUUGUUCUACAAAUGUCAACCAUGUAUUUCCUUACUCCAUUUUUAAUUUAUUUUGUAAUUGAUGUAUUUGAAAUCAUUGGUAGAAAUUAUGAUGUAUGACAAAUUAAUGCUGUGACUCUUUGUCUGGCAGUCCAUCUUCAUACUGAUAAGAGCAUUUCAUGCAGCGAGAUAUCACAUGAAAAAGACCAGAAAAAUGAUAUUGUUUGUUUGAUUAAGCCUGAAGAUACUUCAGGUUUUACUGUUUUCUGAAUUUGUUACAAAGAAAAAUCAGUUGAACUUAAUAGUGUCAAUGUUUGCUUCUUCAAUGCAAACACAAAAUCAGUUUGAAAUCAGACAACAUGGAGUUCAUUCAGAAAAACAGCAUUGAAAAGAACAAAGUAUUUCAUGUCAAUAAUAAACACUCAACACCAUCCUU